CAUUUAAAAAAAAAAAAGAAGAAGAAAGAACAAAGAUCAGAGAAGAGAGAGAGAGAGAGAGAGAGAGAGAGAGAGAGAGAAUGGAGACGAUCACGCAUCGGACGGUGGAGGUGAACGGGAUCAAGAUGCACGUGGCGGAGAAGGGGGAGGGCCCUGUGGUGCUGCUGCUCCACGGGUUCCCGGAGCUCUGGUACACGUGGCGGCACCAGAUCCUCUCCCUCGCCGGCCGCGGCUUCCGCGCCGUCGCCCCCGACCUCCGCGGCUACGGCGACUCCGACGCGCCCCCGUGUCCCUCCUCCUACUCCGUCCUCCACGUCAUCGGCGACCUCGUCGCCCUCAUCCAAUCCCUCGGCCAACAACAAGUGUUUGUGGUGGGGCAUGACUGGGGAGCGGUGGUGGCAUGGAGCCUGUGCUUGCUCCGGCCGGAUUUGGUGAAGGCGCUGGUAAACCUGAGCGUUGUGUUCAACGCCCGCCACCCGUCGCGACGGCCGGUGGAUUCGAUUAGGGCAAUCUUUGGAGAAGAUCACUAUAUCUGCCGAUUCCAGGAACCUGGAGUGGCUGAAGCUGAAUUUGCUCGCAUUGACACCGCACUACUAAUUAAGAAAUUCUUAACAUAUCGCAAGCCAUCGGCUCUUGUUGUGUCCAAAGAGAAAGGAUUUGGCGGCUCCUUUGAUACAGUAAUUAACUUGCCCUCUUGGUUGUCUGAAGAAGAUAUAAACUAUUUCGCCAGCAAAUUCAAGCAGUCGGGCUUUACUGGAGGAUUGAACUACUACCGAUGCAUGAACUUGAACUGGGAGCUAUUAGCACCUUGGACAGGGGAGCCAAUAAAAGUGCCUGUGAAAUUUAUUGUGGGGGAUUUGGACUUGACCUACCACACCCCAGGUGUUCAAGCUUACAUACACGAGGGUGGGUUCAGGAAGGAUGUUCCCUUCCUUCAAGAUGUUGUUGUAAUGGAAGGAGUGGGCCACUUCAUUAACCAAGAAAAGCCAAAUGAGAUCUCUGAUCACAUUUAUGAGUUCAUUCGAAAGUUCUAGAUCUCCAAUGAACUUUUUUUUAUUUUUUUUGUUUUGCAGCUUAUCUUGUUUCAGUUAUAUGUACUACUAAAGCUGGUAAAUUCUAACUGACUACACUUUUUUUCAGAAAAGUUACAUGUAAUGGGCUUGUAAUAAUGAUUGUGCUGUUAGCAUAAUCGCAUGAGAUAAUGUAUGUGCUUGUGUGCAAAGCUAGUUGAAUGUUAGUGUUGAAUGACUGGGAAAA